AUGUGCCUAUCAUUGUCAAGUGACAUCCAGCUGACUGAGUUAUGCGUCAAUUUGGUGGAUAACAGCAGAGGAUGUGACAAGAAGAAAGAAGCUAUGACUAGUGGAGGAGCUGCAGCAGGUAGUGGUAGUCAGCAUCAGGGUGCAACAACAACAACUGAAGGUAUGGGUGUUGAUGAUCUUGAUGAGGAUGCUGCCAGAGAGCAAAAGAUGUAUUGGGAAGAGACUUUGGAGGCAGCAGAUGCUGAAGCAUCAGGUUCAGAUUCACCCAGUGUGAAUGUUGAUGAUCUGAAUUGUGUGAAUCCUUCUGAAGAACCUAUGGCAGUAAAACCUCCACCUUCUAACUCGUCUACUGCAUAUGUGCCACCUAGGCCUAUCAUAAAUCCAACCAUGUCCAAGAGACCAAUUAGAAGGAGAAACGUUAAGAGGCCACCACCGUCACAACCUUCUUCCCUCAGACCUGUCCCACCACAACCUACUCCCAUAACGCCUACCACACCACAACUUUCUGUUGUUAGGCCUACAUCACCAACUAACCAACUGCCUCCAAGAGUUACCGGACAAACAAUGCAUGGUGCAAGUCGAGGGACCACUACACGAUUUAUGCGAUUCAUGCCAACUCCACCAUCCACAAUUCAAACACCAGGCAGAUGGCCAGUACCUGGGUUCCAUCCACCAACAAGAGCAUCUUCAAGUGGCAACAACAACGGAGUUUCUAGUGGCAGCAGCAACUUCACACCCAACAAAUAUGAUUUUCCAGUGUGA